GUAAAUGGUGUCCCUCUGCGCAUGCGCGACUCAGCCACGGGUAAACAUUGAUGGCGUCCACAUGGUUAUUUUGAAAGUGAAGUAAAACGUUUCAACACAACCGAAAGAGCACAGAAUGAAGGACACACCGCUGUCCAACUGCGAACGAGACUUCUUGCUGAAGGCCAUCGAAGAGAGAAAGCGGCUGGAUGGACGGCAGACGUACGACUACAGGAGGAUAAAGAUCACUUUCGGGACGGACUAUGGAUGCUGCUUUGUGGAUUUGGGACAAACCAAGGUCAUGGCCCAGGUGUCGUGUGAGCUGGUGGCGCCCAAGGAGAACCGUCCCAACGAGGGAAUCAUGUUCUUCAACAUCGAGCUGUCGCCGAUGGCCUCGCCGGCGUUUGAGCAGGGAAGACAAUCUGAGCUGUCGGUGAAGCUGAACAGACAGCUGGAGAGAUGCCUGCGGAGCUCCAAGUGCAUCGAUACGGAGUCUCUGUGCGUGGUGUCUGGAGAGAAGGUGUGGCAGAUCCGAGUGGACGUCCACACGCUGAAUAAUGAAGGGAACCUGAUGGAUGCCGCCAGCCUCGCCGCCAUCACGGCUCUGUGCCACUUCAGGCGGCCCGACGUCGGCGUCCAGGGAGACGAGGUCACAGUGUACAGCUCGGAGGAGAGAGAUCCCAUUCCUCUGAGCAUCUACCACAUGCCCAUCAGCGUCAGCUUCGCCUUCUUCCAACAAGGGACGUACCUGCUGGUGGACCCGUCGGAGCGCGAGGAGCGAGUGAUGGACGGCUUGUUGAUGAUCGCCAUGAACAAGCACAGAGAGAUCUGCUCCAUCCAGUCCAGCGGAGGCAUCAUGCUGCUUAAAGAGCAGGUGAUGAGGUGCAGUAAAGUAGCCAGCGUCAAGGUGUCUGAAAUCACAGAGCUCAUCAGCAAAGCGCUUUUGAACGACAAGACUGCCAGGAAAGCAGGCGGGAGGUGCGGUUUUGCAGAGUCCAUGCCUCAGGAGCGAAUCACAGCCCUCAAAACGGACGAUACGGCGGUGGAGAUGACAGACGCGACCGAAAGAGCCGAUGGCAUCGUGCAGAGGGCGGACACUUCUCCUCCAGCGGUAACUUCACCGCUGCUCCCGGUCCCAGGGGUCGGCCAGGUGGGGCAGAGUGUGCAGAACACCUGGGGACUGGAGGACGACGAGGAAGAGGAGGAGGAGGAGGAGGAGGAGGAGGAGGAAGAAGACGACAGUGAAGACGUGAUAGCGAUGGAUGACGAACAACAGACAAAGGAUGACACCAGAGAAGGGGAUGUGGUGGAGAUAUCGGACAGCGAGGAGGAGGAGGUGGUGAUACUGCAACCAGAGACGGCGAAGAAAGAAAAAAAUACAGGGCUCAGUUCCAACCAGAAGGGGGCAGCAACGUCCAAGAAAAGGCAGAAAAAAUGAGGAAAAGUGUGGAAGCCAGCCGACUUGACAGCUGACUGUUGCUUUGUAAAAUGGAAAAAAAAAGUUUUGUUUGUUUUUUUUACCAAAAAUAUGUAAAAACAACCCAAUAAAGACAUUUUUAC